AGAUUCGCACUCUCUGAUCCCUGAGGCGGGAAGCGCGGUGACGUGGCACUGCACACGCCACAUCUACAGCUGAGACCGAUGAUUGACAGCGCCACCUCCCGGAUGUUGUGAUCUAUAUCGGAAACGGAAGUCAGUCUUUGUUAAAGAUGGCGACCCCCUAUGUGACAGAUGAAUCUGGUAAGUAUAUCGCCGCUACGCAGCGUCCUGACGGCUCCUGGAGGAAACCGCGGCGAGUGAAGGACGGCUACGUCCCGCAGGAGGAGGUGCCGGUAUACGAGAACAAGUACGUGAAGUUCUUCAAGAGUAAACCGGACCUUCCGCCGGGCAUGAACCCGGAGCCGGCGCUCGAGAAGCACAGCGACGGACUCUCCAGAACCGCCAAACGCAACAUGAAGCGCAAGGAGAAGCGCAAGCAGCAGAUCCAGACCCGGCCCGAGGGGGAGGAGGAGGAGGAGGAGGAGCGGGCCGUGAGCGAGGAGAUGCAGGCGAUGAAGAUCACGGAGGAGGAGGAGGAGGAGGAGCGGGUGAAACCAGAACCCGAAGCCUCGGACCCCACGGAGAGAGCCAAGAAGAUCAAGAGCCUGCGUAAGAAGCUGCGUCAGGUGGAGGAGCUCCAGUUCAAGAUCCGGUCCGGGGAACUGAGCAGUCCGACCCGCGAGCAGCUCGACAAACUGGGGCGGAGCCAGGCCUUACGGGCGGAGCUACAGCUGCUGGGGGCGGACUUAUGAGGCUGUCAAUCAACUGUGUGUGUGUGUGUGUCAGUCAGAGCUGUAACCGCUUCAUUCUUGUGUUUUAUACAUCAUGGAGACUCUCCGGACUCUCUCCGCAGAUCCUGCAGGAGCGCUAAUGGUUUCAUCCGGAGCCGCGGGAGCUAACGCUAGUUACCAAUGAGCCUCACUGACUGAUGGACUGAAUCUCAUCAUGAUGUCAAUUUUUUUACCACCGUAGUGCAUAACUGCAUGAAAUAACAAUGUGUAGAAUUGUGUUAUAUUAAACAUAGCAUAACAAACUUCCUGUUCCGUGUCCCUGUCUGCGAUAAUAUGGGGAUCGUGAAGCGGACGUAAACGCUUUCACUGCGGGAACGAAGAUGGGUUUGUGUGUGAAAUCACACGAGCAAGCCUGCUGUUUUUACAGAUUAUCAAAUGUGAUAUUUUAUACAACGGUUCAAUAAACAAGUUAAUGUGAGUUCAAUUUUA